AGAAUAUUGAGGACAAUAGAUAGAUUACUGGGUAAUAUUUAGUUACAUUUAAAGAGUACAUGUGAGCUCUGAGAUGAAAACAGAUGGAUGUCUAUUUGAGGGUCCCUGAUAAGAAACCAGCACCACACUAACUAACUAAGCACCUUAUCUGGGCUGCUGGUGGAGGUGGUGCUGGUGGUGGAGGUGGUGCUGGUGGUGGAGGUGGACUCAGCCAUGGAGGUGGUGCUGGUGGUGGAGGUGGUGGUGGACUCAGCCAUGGAGGUGGUGGGCGGGCUGUUCCAAAACACAGACAUCCCCCGCCCCGGCGUUCGCCCUCAUUGGUAGAGCCGGGUGCCAAAGCCGGAGGGUCCUGUUCGGAGGGGUCCGGCGAUUGGUUAGUCGGGUGUGUGUGUGCUCACAGCGCAGCCUGUCCGUUUGAAUGUGCCGUGGACCGGAGGGGGGGGAUCAUUUCCAUGGACCAUCUGUCUCACUGGCUACCCACACAACAAAGAAGAAGGACCCAGGAUGGUGUUAGUACAUGUUGGAUAUCUGGUUCUCCCCGUCUUCGGCUCAGUUAGAAAUAGAGGAGCACACUUCACCAGGCAUCAACACAGCCAUGCUACCUCCUGCCGACACUUUCACCUGGGCGCUCCCCAGGCGCCCAUCUCAGCAGAGUUCCCUCUAGGACACGCCAGCCAGCCGCCUCAGACCGGCCUGGCCACCCACCUGCCCCCAGCACACCAUCCGCCCCUCACUGCCCUGCCUGCCCCCCCACAGUUCCAGGAUGUGCCGGGGCCUCCAUUCCUACCUCAGGCCUUACACCAGCAAUACCUCAUCCAGCAGCAGCUUCUUGAAGCGCAGCACCGCAGGAUUCUCCCGCACUCCAGAAGAACCCAGGAGCGUAUUCCCCUGAACCCUCACCGACUGCGUUCAGGCUAUGAGUACUCCCCUCCACUCCAUGUUCCCCAGCCAAUGACACAGCAGCAGCAGCGGUACCUGGCCGAAGGCACCGACUGGGAUCUCAGUGUCGACGCCGGCCUCCCUCAUCACCAGUAUCAGCUCCAGCAGCUUCCGCAGCACUAUCAGCAUUACCUGGCCUCCCCUCGAAUGCACCACUUCCCCAGGAACACAUCUUCUGCACAAGUGGUUGUGCAUGAAAUCAGAAACUACCCCUACCCCCAGCUGCACCUGUUGGCACUGCAAAGUCUGAAUCCUUCACGGCACGCCACAGCUGUGCGAGAAAGUUACGAGCUGUUACAGCUGGAAGACCGGUUGGGGAGUGUCAGCAGAGGAGCUGUUCAGACAACCAUAGAGAGAUUUACCUUUCCACACAAAUACAAGAAGAGAAAGCCCCUGCAGCUGAAGAUUGGGGAGGAGGAGGAAACAGAUGUGGACGAGAAGUGCACCAUCUGUUUGUCCAUGCUGGAGGACGGAGAGGACGUCAGGAGAUUGCCCUGCAUGCACCUCUUCCACCAGGGCUGCGUGGACCAAUGGCUGGCCACCAGCAGGAAGUGUCCAAUCUGUCGGGUUGACAUCGAAACACAGCUGAACCCUGACAGCUGAUGAGAUUUUAACCCCCCCUCCUCACUCCUCCGCCCUCCCUGUCAAUCACCCUCGUGUGGUUCCUGCUUUCUUCCACCCCCGGCUUGCCGGCACUCUCUCCCCAUCCCUCCCCACUGUUGGGUGCUUUGCCAAAUGUCUCCAGACUUCAUGUGACAUCACCACCCUUCUGACUCACGCUUUACUGAGCCAAGCCAGGAUAACUAACUGCACGAGAGGCUGCAAGGGACUCUCUUUAUAUAGAAGCACAUCCCUCUGGAGGCAAAAGACACGCAGACACAAACACAUACUCAUGUACACAGGGUUUACUUGUAGCUUGCUGGUCGUAAGUGGGGUGUUGUUGCUGUUGUGGUGUUGUACUGUAGGUAGCCCCGGGCUGUGUAGCAUGUCCUCAAAGCCAUGACUUAAUGUCCUGAAAGUGGAAAACACAUAACCCCACACUGAGCUGGCUACUUUCUCUCUUUUUCUCUCUCUCUUUCUAUAUAUAUAAAUACAUAUAUAUAUAUAUAUAUAUAUAUUUCUCUCUUUUCAAACACACUUCAAUCAAAGUGAAUAUUCUGCCACACAAGAAAAACUUAACAGAAACUAAAUGCUCUGAUGCCAUGUUUACCUAAAGAUCAUUUGUGGUCGUAGUAGAGUAGCAGUAACCAACCAAGUGAUAUCUGGUGUGCCGUCGCCUUCUUUUUGCAGAGGGGGGAUCAGGCGCCAGCUAGCUAGAGUGUUUUAAUCCUAUCAUGCAGCUUUGACAUUUUGCAAUACAGUUGUACAUUUACCUUUGGGUUGGUGUCAUGUGAGAUGGUGUUACGUGAGUAGGUCUCUUUCGCCGCAGCGGAAAACCGAGCCCAGCGAUCGAGUCGUCGUGUGUUUAAAUUUUUCAAAAUAGGUAGAAAGUGUUUAUACCAAAAUGCAUUUUGUCACGGUGUAGCUUGAGCCUGACGUGCAGGCUCACAUGUAUGUAUGUGUGUGUGUGUUUGGGAGUGUGUGUGCGUGUGUGUGUGUGUGUGCGUGCUCUGCCCUGCUGUGUGUGACUUAAAGAAUGUGUCUAACAAAUCUGUUCAGAAAGUGCAAAUGUGAGCGUGUUUCAAGGGUUUUUUCAAGGGCCACGCGUAGAUGUUAACUCGCUGUAGGUUAAUAGCAUGGCCAUUGGAGUGCGAAUCCAACACGAAGCCAAAACAAAAACAACAAAAACAAAAAGGGAUGAUGAAAAAAAAAGGAAACUAGCCGCAGAGCGUGAGAAGUGGGAGGAAGAUUUAGCUGCCCUUGUACCUGUAUCUACAUCUGGCGCCGGUGGGCCAGUGGCAGAACAGCGUGUACUGGAAAAAAAAAUUUAAAAAUGCAUGUUUCAUCGUUGACUUGGGCUGUUAGCUUCGGUAGCGUUUCUUCAAUUUUAAAGAGGUACAGGGAUGGCUUUGCAUGACGUAGUUAAUCUGAGCUGUGACUAUCUUCUCAACACUAACAAACAAACAACAAAAAAAAAGAGCACGGUGUCAGCGGCUGCUCCCCCUGACGUGUAGCGUGUGUUCAUCCCUGUCCUCCUUUUUGGCGGCAACGACGGGAUCCUCUUUUUGAUGUUUACCUUAUUGCCUAAAGAACAAGCACAUGUGACAAUAGUUAUAGCAACAAAAAAAGGUUUUUUUCCUCGGUAUUGCAUUUGCGUCGGUUUAUAUUUAGGUAUAGAUUCAUGCAGUGUUUUCGGCAGAGAAGAAGAGAGGAGCUUGCGUAUUGAUCUUGUGUAUUCAUGUGACAGACCUCCCCUCGUGGUUGCUAUGCUGGUUGCUAUGCUGUAUUGCUAGAAACAUGUAGAACGUGAUGCCACGGAGGCAGCCUCCCUCUCGCAGUGCACACAGACGUGAGAUGGCACCACAGCAGGAAGAGACGUCCGGGCUGUUAAAACCAGUCGACCCUCCUCCUCCUCCUCCUCCUCCUCACUCGCUACAUGACCAGUUUGUGUCAACUUUCAGUUUCCACCGGGUUACAGAGGAUGCCUUUAGGACCGUCACUGUCCUAUGCACUGUGAUAAUAAAGGAUAAGCCCGGAGACUCUUUAGUCUUUCAGUGGGGCCGAGGAUCAAUUAACAAGGAUUACUUCUCUCUCUCUCUCUCGCUCUCUCGUCUUAUGUGCACUGCCAGUGUUGACACUGCCUCCUCCUGUAGUGGAGUCAUCUGUGAUGAAGUUUUCAUAGUUUACACAGGGUGUUGUCAGUUGAGAUGCCUUAAGUAUUUAACAAUCAUAAUUUAUUACUAACUGUAGAUAUUGUGGGUAUGUAUUUAAUUUUAUAUAGUUUUUUUUUGUUUUUGUUGUUUUUUUUUUGGGGUGGGUGACUGAAUCAUAAUUUAUUUAUUUAGAAAUAACACAAAAAUGCUAUGAAAAAAAAACUAUUACCUCAUUUUUGCAUUGUUUUAAAUGGGAAUGCUUUGCAUGCAGUUGUAUUUUUUUUGGAACACUAAAGUUAAACAAAAAAAAAACAAAAAAAAAUACGAGCCCUGCUGUUUGAUCUCCACAAGCUGGCUGUGCGAUGUUUACUGUCCAAGGCUGAGCUACUGAGCCCGCUCUCCGUCUGUCUCUCUGUCUGUCUCUGUCUUUUUCUGUCUUACUUUCUCUCCGUCUGUCUCUCUGUCUUUUUCUGUCUUACUUUCUCUCUGUCUGUCUCUGUCUUUUUCUGUCUGUCUCUCUCUUUCUCUUUCUCAGUCUCUUUCUCUCUCAUGUGGUGCUGUGGAUCUUGGUUACAUUCCAUUCAAUGCAAUUUCUCUGAUCCCCCAUGCUGUGAUGUAGUGGACAAACUGCAAUGAAGUGAAUUUGGUUUUAGUUUGUG